AUGAAUAUCACUGAUCAGCAGCAGCUCCUCUGUCUGAUAAGCAGAUCUAUCAACGUUCUGGGCUGCUCGGCUAGGAGCAAAUGCCCCUAUGUGCAGCCCCUGCGACUGCAACUGCGACAGCUCCAGACUCUCACAGCUGUGUUUGGUUCGGAGGAGGAGGAGGGGAGGGUGAGAGAAAGGCCGAAAGGAUUACGGAAGGGAGACCGCCACAAGGUGGAGAAGAAGCCGCAAAAACCGCAAAAGCGGCUCCGACUGUGGGUGCGGGUCUCCGAAGAAUACGCCGGCGUAUCGCAUGUGGAGAGUUUGAGAGAAAUAUCACAGUCUUCACCAGGUUUAAACCGUUGCCAAACGUAA